UCCAGCUAUCCAGCAAUCCAGCUAUCCAGCAACCUCUGCAGCAGCAACAUGAAGUUCUUGUGUGUUUUCUUAAUCCUGGCCGUUUGUUUGGUGGGCACCUGGGCAGCCGUUUCGGAGCCCGCUCCUGAAGCCCUGGAGCCAGAGCCAUCCGCCGUGGACGAGAAGAAGACGGAGAAGCGAGGCAUCUACGGAUUCGCCCACGGAUACGGUGGCUACGGUGGCUACGGGGGAUACGGUGGCUACGGACAUGGACAUGGCCACUACGGCGGCUACGGACUGGGCAGUCCCUACUACGGCGGCUACGGAUACGUUCACUCGGCGCCCUACUACGGCGGACACCACGGCUACUAUCCGUACCACCACGGGCACUACGGCUUCUACUAGGAGCCCCACCUGUCCAUGAUCAUAAUGCAUUCUGUUUUUUUUCUCGAUCGCUUCAUGCUCAUCACUGCACUAUCAUACAUUUAUAUAUAUUUGUUUUCGUGAAUCAUUUUCCACAAAAUAAAUGUUUUGCAAAUAGCUUUACGAAUGUCUUUCAAUUUUAAAGUUACAAAAGCCAUGGAAUAUCACAAAAUAUAAAUAU